UUCAGUAAUUCUCUUAUAUUAAUAUUAAUACAAAACAUCGAAAUUUGUGAAAGAUUAAUACCAUUUGAGUAAAAAUUAAUAAUACACUAAACUGCAACAUUCUAAUAAUGUAUGGAACAUGUUCUAUACUUAACUAAUACUCAUAUCAAAUUGUGUUUAUGAAGUACAGAUUCACGUAACAAAAUUUGAAAAUAUAAAUCGAAACGAACAAUACUUCUUCUUGGUAAUUUUUAACAAAGAAUUUCUGCAUUUUUCAAGAAUUAUAACAAUUUUCAAUUGUUUCAAUUGUUAAGCAAAUGCCGCGCUGCAUACAAAAAGUCCUUUGGGAAAUGCCGAAUGAUAAUAAGAAGAUAAAAUGAACGUCCAUGAUUUGCGUACCACAGAGUGUGGUUCCUUGAAGCAAUGUGAUUCCCAAUUGCAGACAAACGAUUCAAAGAAAAACGGAAAUUCUACAGAAUUCUGCAGAAAUAUAUUCCAAAAAAUGUUAUGUUGCUGUCGCAAACAGAACGAUACAUCCGAUUCACACAAUUGUGGACAAGAAAAUAAACUUUCAGACACUAAAUUAAAUUCUGAUCAUUCAUCGAAACGUAAACGAAAUAUUAUUGGUGAAUACGAAAUCAUUAAAGAAAUAGGCAAUGGACAUUUUGGAGUAGUGUAUUUGGCUCGGCCUAAGAAUUCCGAUGAACAAGUGGCUUUGAAAGUAAUCAAGAAGAAAGAGUGUUGCCAUAAACAGCUGUAUAAAAUAACGAGAGAACACACUGCAUGGAGCUGUGUGUCAACUCAUCCACACAUUGUAAGAUUAAUAACCUUCUUCGAAAUUAAUACUAGUUUCUGUUUUGUCUCGGACUAUAUCGAUGGACAGAAUUUGACAAAUUUCUUACGUAACAAUGGACCAUUAGUAGAAAUCAAAGCGAACAUUAUUGCUGCACAAGUGGCUUCGGCCAUUAUGUACAUUCACGACAAAAGUGAAUUUUCUAAACGAAUAAUUCACAGAGAUAUUAGCUCAAAUAACAUUAUGUUAGAUGACACCAAAGGUGCUCAGCUAAUCGAUUUUGGUCUGUGCACGUUCGAUCUUAAUCCCAAGGAAUUUUGUGGAACUUUGUCUUAUUUAUGUCCCGAAAUUCUUCAGGGGAAGCCAUAUGAUGCUUACUGUGACUGGUGGGCAUUUGGCGUUGUGUUGUAUCAGAUGUUAAUAGGGAAAACACCUAUGAGAAUUUAUGCUAAAAGAGUUAUGAAUAUUGAAGAUCCCAAAAUAUUUUCCCAUACCAAAAGAAUACGAAUUGCUCAAGAGGUUGAAUUGUUAUAUCCUAUACAACUAUCAAAGUAUGCAAGAAAAAUAAUCGAAGAUUUGCUACAAAAAGAUCCAAGUAAACGUCUACGAGAAACAGAUAUAAGGAGACACAAGUUUUUUGACAAUGUACCAUGGCCAGAGAUUGUACAUAAUGUUUAGUAUUAUUACAUUUUUAUUAUUAGAAAUAAAAGUAAUUGUUUACACAUUUUUUAAUUUGUUAAUUGACUGAAUUUUACAUAAUCAAACAUAGUGUUUGAUAAAUGAUGAGCAAUUCUUCUGUAACCCGUUUCCGUAUCAUGUCUUAGGUACGCUGUUUUGUAACUAUGUAAGUCUUUGUAAU